CUAAAGAGUAACAAUUGUGUAGAAGUAACCAUUAUUUAACAGUACAAGAUGCCUAGUUCAGAAGUAGUUACCACAAAAGUGGUGGUCCACCCCUUAGUUUUGCUGAGUGUUGUGGAUCAUUUUAACCGGAUGGGCAAAAUUGGUAAUCAGAAAAGAGUCGUCGGUGUCUUACUCGGCUGCUGGAGAGCAAAGGGGGUCUUGGACGUGUCGAACAGUUUUGCAGUUCCAUUUGAUGAAGAUGACAAAGACAAAAGUGUAUGGUUCCUUGAUCAUGAUUACUUAGAGAACAUGUAUGGUAUGUUUAAGAAGGUAAAUGCCCGAGAGAAGGUAGUGGGCUGGUACCAUACUGGACCUAAACUACACCAGAAUGAUGUGGCUAUUAAUGAGCUCAUCAGACGCUAUUGCCCUAAUUCUGUUCUUGUCAUUAUUGAUGCAAAGCCAAAGGACUUGGGCCUGCCUACUGAGGCAUACCAAGCUGUAGAAGAAGUGCAUGAUGAUGGUAGUCCUACCACUAGAACCUUUGAGCAUGUGCCUAGUGAGAUUGGAGCAGAAGAAGCAGAAGAGGUUGGAGUGGAACAUCUUCUUAGAGAUAUCAAAGACACAACAGUUGGCAGCCUUUCACAGCGCAUCACAAAUCAACUUCUCGGUCUACGCGGCCUCCACUCUCAGCUCAGUGAAAUUAGAGAUUAUCUUGUUCAAGUCGGCCAGGGUUCUCUUCCAAUGAACCACCAGAUCAUCUAUCAGCUCCAGGAUAUUUUCAACCUCUUGCCUGAUAUUGCUAAUGACAAUUUUGUUGAUAAUCUGUACAUUAAAACCAAUGAUCAAUCUCUGGUGGUGUAUCUAGCUGCCCUUGUCAGGUCUAUUAUAGCUUUACAUAAUCUUAUUAACAAUAAGAUCACCAAUAGAGAUGCGGAAGAAGGCAAAAAAGAUGAUGCAAAGGAAAAAAAAGAAAAGAAGGAUGAAAAAGAUGACAAGAAAACAGAAGACAAAGUGAAAGCAGAGAAAAAAGAAAAAGAAGAAAAAAAGAAGUAAAUUACAAUCAUCAUU